AUGUUUUACUACCCAAAGGUAGCAAAGCUGUAUUAUCGCCAGAGAAAGGAUAUCAACAGCUUUCUGCGCAGCAAUCCCUCCGUCUCGCGCACGAACUAUCUUCGUAUUCUGAUCCUUGCCAGCAUUGACAUCUUGCUCACAUUGCCCUUCGGAAUAGUGGACAUCACUCUGCAGAUAUACCCGUGGCUGAACAACUUAUCACCCUUUUCGUUUUACCCCGGGUGGACCUACUUACACACUGCGUGGGAACCGCGAGGUCUUUCUUACGCCAAGCAGCGGUCGUUUGGUACCGCAUAUAUUGCAGCAACUUACGUAUCUCGAUGGACAUCACCCGUGCUCGCGUUCAUCAUCUUCGGCCUCUUCGGACUGACAGCCGAAGCACGCGCAUCGUACUGGCGCAUCAUCCACACAAUCGGCCGCUGGUUAGAACGGAAACCCACUCCCCGCGCGCGGAACGGACAGGCAUCUGUGGGAGAGAUCGAGUUCGGAGCGCGCCCGCAGGCUACGACCGGCACGUCGGGCAUUGAUCUUGAGAUGGGAUCGCGUCCUCCGAGCUUCGUCAAUACGGAGGCGGUCGCCACGAGACAGAACAUUGACGAUGGUCUGGGGGGUGGGCCAGCCCGCGGUUCGGCGACGGACCUGAAGUCGGUGGAGGAAGCGCGUCUCGGGGAGCCUUCGGACGGAAAGGACGUGCAAGGCAACAACUGUCGCGUCACUAGGGACGACGAGCCAUCUGAGAGCAUCAAGAGAACGAGUGUCACGAGCAACCGUUCGCUCGAGGACGCUCAGGCCGCCAACAACGCUGACUGCGUUGUGGUAGAUGCGCACGGCAAAGAAGAGGAUACAUGUGCCGUAUGA